CAUCCAGUGCGCCUCGGAGACGCACACACGCAGUCUCUCUCUCUCUCUCGCUCUCUCUCUCUCCCUCUCCCUCGCACUCUCUCUAUGUCUCUCACUCUUUUAGUCACAGCAGAGGAUAGAGGGAGAGACCGACGCGCAAGAGCUCUUUUCAUCUUCUAUAUUUUUUCCUAUUUUGUUCCUUUCGCUUGCGUCGCCGACUUUAUUCCGGCUCUCCCUUCUCUGAGAAAUUGUUAUAUCCCAGAAAUCCAGCAAUCCGCCGUGCUCUGCGUAUAUCCUCUCUUUUUUUCCGCCGUAGGAGUUCAGGUUGUCCCCCUCUUCAUCUAAAGGGUACUCAGAGGCUUUGAUCCUAGAGGACUGGGUUUGUGGGAUAUGGCCCAAUAGCAGCAGCCCGUGAUGCCGGACCAUGACAGCGACUCCCUCCUGAACAGACAGACCAAGCGAAGACGUGUGGACAUUGGUGUUAAGAGGACCGUGGGCAGCACAGCCUCCUCCGCAGCAGCAGCCACAGCAGCAACCACUGAUAACAUAGCCCGCGCCAAAGCAGCCAUUUUCAGUGCCAUGAACUCUCUGAGCUCCCACUCUCACCACGGAUCAGACACAGACUCCAUGGAGUGCUCUGUAGUGCAGCCACAUGGUGGGCCUGGCGUUGUAUCAGCCAGCGACAGUGAGUCCAAGUCCAAUGUACUCCGAAAGCUACUGAAGAGGGCCAACUCAUACGAGGACACCAUGAUGCCCUUCCCUGGCACCACCAUUAUCUCCCAGCUUCUCAAGAAUAACAUGGCUAAAAAUGGAGGAGGACCCGAGAGGGGAGAAAGAGGGGACAGGGGUGACAGAGGGGACGCCGGCUUCCCUGGAUCAGGGCUCUCCAACGCAAGUUCAGAUGCUCCCCAAGAGGAUGCCUGCAGUAACUCUUCCCAGGACAGCACCCCUCAAGAGUGCUUGUCACCGUUCGGUCGUCCUCCUGGCCUGGCCACCUUUGACAUCGAGCGUCUAAAUGACGAACACCUGCGUGCCAAGCGAGCCCGCGUAGAGAACAUUAUACGUGGUAUGAGCCACUCACCCAGCGUGGUGGUACCUGCUGCUUCCCGUCAUGAGCGUGACCAUGAGAUGGACGGAGACCGGGAUAUGGAGCUAGACUGCCCACCCCCUCAGUCUCAGCAGCAGGCCCCCAGCAGCCCACGGGGAGGCGAGGUGUGCAGCAGUAGCAGCCGAGAGAACAAGCGUAAGCAGCGUCUCCCUCAGCAGCAACAGCAGAGCUUCACCCAGCUGGUGUGCCAGAGGAAGGAGCAGAAGCAGGAAGAGCGACGGCAACUGAAGCUGCAGCUGGAGGACAUGCAGAAACAGCUACGCCAGCUGCAGGAGAAGUUCUUUCAGAUCUAUGACUCUACCGAUGACUCAGAACACAACGACCUCCACAAUGACCUCCACAAUGACAUAGGAAACAUGUCUGAGGACAGCCCAACCCGGUCUGACACUGGCGGUGAUGACCGGGGUGGAGAUGAUUUGCGCUCUGACAAUGAGAUGUCUGACCUGGACCCGGGCCAUUUUCUGGACAGGGCACGAGCACUGCUUCAGGAGCAGGCCCUGCUGGCGGACGGGGAGAAGCCCAGAAGAGAGGGGCUCGGCCGGAGCAAAGCACAGGGAGGUCCAGGUUCCUCCAUGCAUGCUGAAGGUAAACAGCUGGCAGAAACACUGAAGCAGGAACUCAAUUCAGCCAUGACCCAGGUGGUGGACACUGUGGUUAAGGUGUUUGCCAAGCCUCCACGCCCUACACCCCAGCAGGCCUUCCCCCCACUUUCCAUACCUCCUGAAAGAUUUCCCACUGUUGUCAAUGGAGACAACCCCAACUUCCACACCGCCAACCAGAGGCUGCAGUGCUUCGGUGAUGUCAUCAUUCCCAAUCCACUAGACUCCUUUGCCAGCAUGCCCGGGAUGCCAGGCGCCACCAAUGACCAAACAGAGGCGCUGCCUUUAGUCGUGAGGAAGACACCCACUGAGCACCACCACCAGUCCUCAGCUGUGGGCGCACAUGGCGGGCACCACCACCCCGCCCUUCACCCCUCCUCACUCUCUGCCUCCAUGGGCUUCAGCCCCCCAUCCUUUAGACACCCCUUUCCACUGCCUCUCAUGGGCUACCCUUUCCAGAGUCCCCUUGGUGCACCCACAGGUGGCUACACAGGGAAGGACCGUUCCUCACCAGACUCCAUGGACCUGUCCCGGGAGACCACCAGCCUGAGGACCAAGAUGUCAUCAGGUCACCACCUGGGGCACCACCAUCGCUCCUGUUCACCAGCGCACCCCGGCAGCACAGCCGAGGGACUCUCCUUGUCCCUCAUCAAGUCCGAGUGCGGUGACCUCCAGGACAUGGCUGACAUCUCACCUUACUCAGGCAGCAAUAUCCAAGAGGGCCUCUCUCCCAAUCAUCUGAAGAAAGCCAAGCUCAUGUUUUUCUACACCCGCUACCCGAGCUCUAAUAUGCUCAAGAUGUUCUUCUCUGAUGUCAAGUUCAACCGCUGCAUAACCUCCCAGCUGAUCAAGUGGUUCAGCAACUUCAGGGAGUUCUACUACAUCCAGAUGGAGAAGUUCGCCCGCCAGGCCAUCAACGACGGCGUCACCGGCAACGAGGAGCUGAGCGUCAGCCGCGACUGCGAGCUCUUCCGAGCCCUCAACAUGCACUACAACAAGGCCAACGACUUCGAGGUCCCCGAUCGCUUCCUGGAAGUGGCCGAGGUCACGCUGAGGGAGUUCUUCAACGCCAUCGUGGCCGGCAAAGACGUGGACCCGUCCUGGAAGAAGGCCAUCUACAAGGUCAUCUGCAAACUGGACAGCGAGGUCCCCGAGGUCUUCAAGUCCCCCAACUGUCUCCAAGAGCUUCUACACGAGUAAAUUUCUCCUCCUCCUCCUCCUUGCUCGACGCUUUGCGCUUUUUUUUGUUAUUUUCUCUGAUUUCACAGAAUUUAAAAAUGAUGUUCUCUUUUGUUUUUCCUGUUUUCCCCCAACUUGAUUGAACUCUGAUUUCCCGUUUUUUAUUUUUAAAUUUUUGAAUGUAUGAAAGUUAUGAAGUAGCAUUCCCAAUCUGAAGCCUCUGUGGCAGUUCCUAAACGACCUAGCUAUUGUGUUGUUGUUCUUAUAUGAUAAUUACCAUGAUGGUUAUAAUUUGUUUUGUUUUUCUAUGAUUCUGAACUGAAGAGACUCUCAUCUUACUGGGUGUUUUUUGGACCGUGUGAACCCUCAUCCAUUUUGGCCUGUUUUACGAUCAACACUAACUAAGUCCUCGGUGUGUGGAAGGAGUUCCCGUUGACACGACUAAGAACAUAGGCUGGGUUUCCUAAAGACUUUACUCACGGCACCCAGGGGCGUCCCUCCAGCCCAGUGGGUGUCCAAAUGAACUGUCCCUGUGAAGUGGGUGCCCAAUAGACUGUGCUACUGAAGAUGUCCCGAACAGGACAGUCUCACACACACACACACACACACACACACACACACACAAGGCCUAGUGAGGUUAUUAAUGGACUAAGACUGGACUCGUGGUACUGGUCUGUACUAGUCUGUGGGACUUGGACUGGUUUCAAAUAGCUACUGAGCUCUACCAUGUUUUGAAGUGUGUUUUCCCCGCAAGUAGGGCAUUGUGUUUAUUGGCUGUACAUUAUUAUUUUGAUUAUUAUUAUUAUUGUUAUUGUUGUUUCUGAUUAUUUGUCAUCACUGCUUGCUGAAGAUUGGCACUUCGAGAUUUGUUUGUCCCUUGAUGCCGUUGCAGAAAAAAAAUAAAUUAUUGCUAUUAAUAUUAUUCCACAAGAGUUUAGAUUCUGAAAUAUUUCACCCCCAUUUCCCAUCCUCGUCCUUACUCUUGUUUUUGUUCGUCCACCUCUGAAGUGGACUUUGGUUUAUUUCAUUUCGGGGUUUUUUUUUUGUGGUCGGGGUCUGGGGCAACUUGCCUGGAAAGUGUUUCGAUCUGGAGUUUUAAUAGAGGGCCAUCAGAGCAGGCCUCUCUAUACGCCUGUAGUGACUAGCCUAUCCUGCACAGGAACAGUCCAGCGGCAUUGCCAAAGGAGGAGUUGGGCUGCAGAAACACAUGAAGUAAACGGUGCAGAAGUAUAGGGAUGUGCAGAAGAAGUGUGGCCUUUUGGUGCGUGACUAAAUUUCUAUAGCCACUCCGGCUUUGAUAACUUUUAGCUCCCACUAAAAGAGCCAUUAGUUCUGGCAUCAAAUUAAUCUUAUUUGUCUAAUUACCUGUUCAGGAUCGGUGAACAUACACAAAAAUGCAUUGCUUUUUUUUUUGUCUUUUUAUCGCGCUGUUCACUGAAUAGCUCAUGUGUGAGAUGGAGUCAGCCUGUUUAUAUGGCAGGCUUAUAUUGUGAUCAUCGUAUACAAGGUGUAAAUGACAAGUUAUCUCAAUAGCAGCUGAUACUUGAAUAUAUCAGAAUACUGUGGCGAUCUAAAGCACAGCGUCGCUGAAACAAUACAUCAUUCAGCACAUACAAAUAGAAGCAUCACAGCGAGGAAGAUAAUUCAAGGAGGGCAAAAAGAGAGGCGAAAAUAAGCUGAAACACAGGCAUUCAUUAAUUCUGCUUCAAGUGCAACUUCCCCACAAACAACGCACACAUGCACACACACACACAGCUCCUUCCCUCCACAUUCACCUGCCUUUGAGUGAUCUAGCCCCUCUCUCGCUGCAACAAUGCGAGGUCGGAGGUGAGCACUCACCCCAGGGGUAGAUGGAGAAGCUCUCAGCACUACAAAGAGCGGGGACAAAGGCGCAGAGCGAGGAGCGACACGCACCUGAAACCCUCAACUCUGUCCCUCCGUCCCGAACCGGCAGCUUUUAAGACCCAAAAGUGAGAUUCUGUUGAGGCCACUGUGCCCCGUUUGUUGAACGCCAUUCCUUUUACUCUUACCUGAGAUUCUAAUCCCAGAUUUUCCACUUGAGUCGUGUCUGUAGUGUUUUAUUAAUUUCAUCCGCCCUCUCAGGCUUUUAAGAAUUUUAAGAAGCGGUUAGCGUUAGUUGCCCUUUUGAUGAGGUAAGUUUGGAGCAGUGAGAGGACUUGAAUGCUGUCUAGAGUGCGUGCGAGCUGUUGAUCUCACCUUGGCGACAUUAUCUUACGGUGUGUAUGUGUGUGUGUGUGUGUUGUCACAAAAGAUCAAAAGGGGCGGGUUGCUUAACCUGCUGACUUGUCUAAGCGAGACAAAGCGCCCGACAAAAGGAGUCAGAGAAAGACGGAGAGCUACUCCCUUCAUUAUGUCCCCCCCCCCCCCUCCCUCCUCCUCCCUGGACAGCGUUCUUCUUAAGAUCCAGAGCCCUGAGAGAGCGAGUCGGACAUAUUUCUCACUGAAGGAUGGGCCAGGCCCUGCAUGUCUCAGAGUCUCAAAGCACCAGCCAAGGGCUCUAAAGCACCACAAAACAAAGGAGAAAGGAAAGGACACUUUUAUCUGAUGCACAGAUUAUUAUCGCUCUCCACCCUCCCCCUUCCUGCAACCCCGCCCUAAAGUUAAAGAGUUCCAGGAUAAUGAAGACUUGUGUGCUAAAAAAAAGAAAAAAAAAAAAAAAAAAAAGGAUUAGCAAGACCUUAAUACCGUGUUGAGAAUAUUUUUGUCAAGUUUUCCUUUUCUGGGGUCGUUUGAUUUUAAGGAUAACAUUAUUGAAAUACAUAUAUAGCCUUUUUUUAAAGAAUUGUAAAAGAUAAAUCUAUGGGAAAAAAUAUAUACGGUAGUGGACGUUGUUUGGAAGGCGCCGUUAGAAAUCGUUUCAUAUAAGAAAGCUUGAGGGUAUUUUUAGUGACGGCUUUGUUUAAAUCUGUAUUCUGAAUAAGUGAGUUGUUGGUAGAUUAGGAGCAAUAGUUGUAGGUUUUUUGCAGGUUUUGUGACCACUUUUCAUUUUGGUUUCUUUACCUUUUUGUAUUGUGCUGAAUGGCUGUCCUCUCGAGAUCAGAAAAAUAAACUUGGAAUAUGUUUUCAGAGUAUGAAAUAUUGUUGUUGCUACUGUAAAUACUGUCAGGACGAAACAAAGAAUAGCUGUACAGUUUUUUCUAUUAUCACUCAGAGUGCUAGAGACGGGUGGGAGCGGUUAAAAAAAGAAGGGUGGAGGGAAAAAAAAAGAGGGAUGACCUGCUCUCUCCAACUGGACUCGUAACCAUUCUUCCAAAAAAAAAAAAAAA